GCUGUUCCGAUGCCAUCCAAGUCGACCGAGCAGUCGCCGCUCUUGGCGGCGCCGGUGCUCAGCGACACAUGCCCACACGACGCUGGCGCCUGCGGGAGCUCGCUCCUCUUCUCGUGGCUCACGCCGCUUCUCGACCUCGGCAACCAGCGCCCGCUGCAGUUUGACGACCUCUACCAGCUCAACCCGACCGACCGCGCGACCAACAUCGACGCAACCUUCCAGCGCUUCUGGGCGAUUGAGGCCGCGUCGCCUUGUCCGCGCAUGUGGCGCGUUGUGUUGCGUGCAUUUGGCGGGCCCUUUCUCAUUGCGGGGCUGCUCAAGGUGCUGCACAUUAUGAGCCAAUUUGUGGGCCCGCUUUUGAUCAAGUCGAUCGUCGCCUACUUGAGCGACCCGGACGCGACGCAAUUGGAAGGUCUCAUGUACGCGGGCGCCAUCUUUGCUGCCGGCGUGCUCCAGUCGUUUGCCCUUCGACAGUACUACUUCAAGUGCUACGAAGUCGGCUUGCGGCUGCGCACCGCGGUCGUCAUGUCCGUGUACCAAAAAGCCCUGCGGCUAGGUGCUGUACCGUCGACGGGCCAAGUGACGAAUCUCAUGAGCCUUGACGCCCAGCGCCUCCAGACGCUGCCCAACUACGCGCACGCGGCGUGGUUUACACUUGUUCAAGUCAGUAUCGCGUUCUAUCUCAUGUAUGUGCAGCUCGGCGUCGCGUUUGCUGCCGGCAUUGCUGUCACGCUCUUGCUCUUGCCGAUUUCCAGUGCCAUCUCGCGGGCGAUGCGGUCGCUGCAGACGCCGCUCAUGCACGUCAAAGACGUGCGUCUCAAGGUCAUUUUCGAAGUCCUCUCGGGCAUCAAAGUGCUCAAGCUCCAGGCGUGGGAACCGUCGUACCUCCAGCGUAUCUUGUCGAUCCGAUGUGACGAGCUCCGGCAACUCCGGUCGUAUGUCUUUGCCAAGAGCUACGCCGGCGUCGUCUUCAACGCCGUGCCCUCGAUCGUCACGGUCGUCUCGUUCGCCGCGUACGUCUACUUGGGCAACACCCUCGACGUUGGCACAGCGCUCACCAGCGUUGCUCUCUUUGAGAUUCUCCGGUCGCCACUCAACAACGUGCCCGAGGCCAUGAACGGCGUCGUCGAAGGUUUCGUGAGCUUUGGCCGCCUCGAGGACUUUUAUGGCCGCCCCGAACGCGUGCCCGUGACGCAAGGCGAUUUGGCAUCGCCGGGCAUUGAGCUCAACGGCACCUCCUUUAUGUAUGACGGCAGCGAGCGGCCGGCCCUCGCCCAUCUCGAUGCGCGCUGGGGCAUGCACCACCUCGUGGCGGUUGUGGGCGCCGUUGGGUCGGGCAAGUCGUCGCUUCUCCACGGGCUUCUUGGCAACGUGCCGUGCACGCAAGGCCAAGUGUAUCUGCGCGGCACCGUCGCGUACGUCGGCCAACAGCCCUUCAUUCAGAACGCGACGCUUCGCGACAACAUCACCUUUGGCUUGCCGUUCGAUGUGCUCAAGUACAAGCACGCGGUUAGCGUGUGCUCGCUCCAAGCCGAUCUCGCGGUCUUGCCCGGCGGCGACUUGACGGAGAUUGGCGAGAAGGGAAUCAACCUCAGCGGCGGCCAGCGCACGCGUGUGGCCUUGGCGCGCGCCGUGUACAUGGACGCCGACAUCUACCUCCUCGACGACCCGCUCGCUGCUGUCGACGCGCACGUGGGCGCCGACAUCUUUAAAGAGUGCAUUGGCUCUGCGCUCAAAGAAAAGCUCGUCGUCCUCGUUACGAACGCGCUGCAGUUUCUCAAGGACGUCGAUUCGAUCGUCGUGUUGAACAACGGCGCCAUCGUCGAGGCGGGACCGUACGCUUCGUUGGUCGCGGAUCCAGAGGCGCACCCGGUGCUGUCCGCGAUGCUAGCGUCGAUUCAAUCGGCACCGGACGAUGCGACCGACGCGUCCAUGGCGCCCUCGAACGACGCCGCGGCCGAGCAAGCCAAGCGGACGGCUGCGAUUUCGUCCGAUACGACGAUGCGGGGCGACCUCAUCGCCGACGAAGACCGCGCGGUUGGCAAUGUGCCAUGGACCACGUACGCCGCGUGGUUGACGUCGUGCGGCGGCUACGGUGUCGCGACCGGUAUUGUGUUGCUCUUUGCGAUCGCUCAGGUGGCCCAAGUGAGCAGUACGCUCUGGCUGUCGUACUGGUCGAUGCACGCCGACCCGACCAACCAAACGUACUACCUCCUUGUCUUUGUCGGACUCAAUGUCCUCGCGUCCGCCUUCAUCUUGCUCCGGUCGAUGGGCUUUUACAUGGCCGGUCUCUCCGGCUCGAAAGCGCUCUUUGAGUCGGUCCUCGCGACCGUCCUUCGCGCGCCCAUGUCGUUUUUUGAUACGACCCCGCUCGGGCGCGUCAUGAACCGCCUCUCGAAAGACGUCUACACGGUCGACGAGUCGAUCCCGUACAAUGCGAGUUUUCUCUUGAGCUCGCUCAUGACACUCUUCUCGGCGCUGACGAUGACGCUGCUCGUGACGCCGCUCUUUGGCGUCGCGCUGCUUCCGCUCACGGGCUUUUACUACAUGGCGCAACGUUACUACGUCGCUGCGAGCUGCGAGCUCCAGCGCAUGGACGCCACGUCGCGGUCGCCAGUGUACGCCCUUUUGACCGAGACGCUCGACGGCCUCGCGACGAUUCGCGCGUCCAAGGUUCAAGCCGCGUUCAUUGCGCGCCAAGCGUACCUACUGGACCGGAACCAACGCGCGUACUUCCUCUCGUUCAGCGCCGAGUGCUGGCUUGGACUGCGCGUUGAGUGCAUUGGCGCGCUUGCGGCCGCGACCGCCGUCCUCCUCGCCGUGCUCUCGCCGCACAGCGCGGCCUUUGCAAGCGUCGCCGGUGUCUCGCUCUCGUACUCGUUCAACGUAGCCCAAGUGCUCAACUGGACCGUCCGGUUUCUGGCGAUUGUGCAAACGCAAAUGGUGUCGGUCGAGCGCCUCGACGCGUACCAAACGCUCGCGACCGAAGCCGACUGGACCUCGUCGACACCGCCGCCGCAGCACUGGCCAGCAUCUGGACGUGUCGUGUUUGACAAUGUGGAUCUGCGCUAUCGGGAGGGACUCCCGCGGGUCCUUCGUACCCUUAGCUUUGCGCUGCGUCCAAACGAAAAAGUUGGCGUUGUCGGACGCACGGGGGCGGGCAAGUCGAGUCUCGUCGUCGCACUCAUGCGUCUUGUGGAGCUCUCGGGCGGUCGCAUUCUGCUUGACGGCGUCGACAUUGCACAGCUUGGUCUCCACGAAUUGCGCGGGAAGAUUGCCAUCAUUCCGCAAGACCCCGUGUUGUUUUCCGGUUCGAUUCGAUCGAAUUUGGACCCGUUUGGGCGCUUUGAUGACGACGCGCUCUGGGUCGCGAUCAAGCGCGCGCACCUCGAGAUGCCGUCGUUGGACGUGAUUGUCGACGAGCGCGGGCUCAACUUUAGCGUCGGCGAGCGCCAACUGCUGUGCAUUGCCCGCGCGCUGCUCAAGAAAGCCAAAGUCAUCUUGAUGGACGAAGCGACGGCGUCGAUCGACCCGAGCACGGACCGCCGCAUCCAGGAGAGCAUCCGCACCGAGUUUGUCAACUGCACGACGCUCACGAUCGCCCAUCGCAUCAAUACGAUCCUCGACUGCGACCGGGUACUCGUCAUGGACAAGGGCGCCGCUGCCGAGUUUGAUGCGCCGAGCGAGCUUCUCAAGAACCCCAAUGGGCUCUUUACGAAUCUCGUCGACCACUGGCGCGAGACGGACGACUAGUCGUAGACACAUGGACAACUAUACACCAUGGAAUGGAAUACAUUUCGGGGUUGUGACCCAUCAACUCAGAA